AUGGAAACAAGUACACCCGAAAAGGAUCCUCGCUCCAGAUUAGCUGAUCAAAUUCUCAACGCCGGUAAGCGAGCGUUCGAUCCAUCGUCCGACAUUGCUUCUCGAGCAGCCGCCCAAGGAGAGUUUCAACAGCUCAUUGAUGAGAAUGGCUCUUGGAACUUACUCCCUGUCUUGAACGCCUUGAUCAAGCCAAACGUCGUGCCAUCAUGGCUCCGACCAGAGCUGAUGAAGAUCUUGACCCUGGUUCCUCUUCGGCCUGAUGGCGUGAGAGGAACCAUGGAGUUUAUCUUCUCGGUACACCCGAGCAGCACCCUCAAGGCAUCCGAGGCAGCCACUCCUCAAAAGAAAGGCGCCAACAUCACCCAGGAGGCCAUGGCUGUUGCCACCCGCAUUCUCACCUCCCCGCCCGCAACCGUCCCACCUGAAAAUUGGUUCUCCAAGAUUGCACCCCAGUUGAUCGUGCUGCUGGACGGAAACGAAGGCGCGGAGCUGAGUGUAGCAGCGGCACAGAUUAUUAUGUUUGGAGUGCUGGGUAGAAAACAAUUUGGCGCUCCCGGUACACCUGGUUGGAACGUCUUUGUUGAGCCUCUCUUGCACAGCUUGGAUCCAUCUCGCGAGGCCAAAAAUACUGCGCCGCGAAUUAAAACUGAAGAAGCCGAGAUUGUUGAUUUGAGUGAAAAGGCCGUAUUAGUUACUGCUGAAGACCUCUUCACAACCCUUCGCCGCAUGUCGUCGAUGAUAAACUCCACACCAUAUCCAGCACAGACCAGAAGAAUUCUCGACCCAAUCCUGGCUCAGCUAUGGGCCAUAUCAUGUCAGAGCAAGAACAACCCAAAAACCGAGGAUCGUUACUCGAAGCUCGCGAGAUCGCUGCUCCAUACGUUUCUGAAGUUGAGUGCGUCCGUGUCGAAGCUACACGAGAUCGUCGAAAACCUGCUGUAUCAAGGAAAUGUUGCAAAAGUGCCACAGUGGCGAUAUCAGUCGUCAUCUGACGGCGGCCUUCAAAUAUGUGCCAUACCGCUUGGUCAAGCAUCGCAGGUGCCAGAUAUAGACUGGACUGAGAUCCAAGCUCGCUCUGAAGCCUUCAUACGUCUCCUGACGGCGAGUUGCACAUCAGAAGAGACGUCAUCUUUUUUCUUGGAGCUCCUUAGCCGGUGGUUCCAAUCGACAGUGUCGGCCCAAAAACCAGAGAUUAUCACUAAAAUAGAUGAUAGCCAGGCUCAGGAUGACGUCAAACAACUUCUAGAGAUUACGAUCUUGCAGCAAAUGCUGGAGCAAAUUCCGGACAAGCUGAUCAGCCGCGUCACACAAGUGACGGAGCUCGUGGCUCAGAUUCUGGACCCCAGCGGCCUCCAGGACCAGUCUGACGACAUCAUCGCGGUAGCUCUAAGCUUGCUCAACUUGGUCAUCACAGCCCCGAGUUUCAAAAAGUCUGGUCUCAAAGCCGAAGUUCUGCAAUCCCUUGAGACAUCCCUUGCCAAACUUGCCGCGGCGGGCCGCCCCGAGGUAUCUUCUACGGCGAAGAACCUGUCCCUUCUACUUGAAUACCGCGAGGCUAUUGAUCCCACAGAAAAGGGUGCAUUUGUGCCCACUGAUAGGCAAGUUGAGGACAGGAGAACGUACAAGCUUGCGCUGGAGUACAUUACUCAAGCAGACAAUCCGCCGCCGAUUCGCUCCGAGGGAAUCAACCUGAUAUCCGGCCUAGUGGCCUCUGAUAGUUCUGUCUUGGAUGUGCAAGCCACCCUCGUUCUCCUUUCGUCUUUGCUUCAAGACAGCGAGGACUUCAUCAAUCUCCGGGUUGUUAAGCUCUUGACACGAUUGGCGAAUAAGCACCCCAAGGCAACCACGCAGGAAAUUCUUGAACACUACCUGGAUGCGAAAGAAACCUCGUCGACGGAUGUCCGCUUACGCUUCGGAGAGGCACUGGUACAAGUGAUUGAGCGCCUCGGCGAGACUUUCGCCGAUGAUGUCGCAAGGCGCGUGUCUGAAACGUUGCUGUCGAUUGCCGGAAGGCGAGGUUAUCGACCCAAGACGGAGGCGAGGCAAUCUCGCGAAAAACGCCUUCAGGACGUGAAGAAAAAACAGGCGGAAGACGCUUGGGGAGGAGAUGUUCCAGAUCUUGGUGAUGAUUUUACCGAGGAAGAGGCGGCCAAGAACGAGAUACUUACCCAGAUUGUCGAGGGCUGGGAGAGCAAGAGAGGCAGCGAAGACGUCCGCAUGCGAGCCUCUGCCCUUUCUAUUUUUUCUGUGGGCCUUGAGACCAAUAUUGCUGGCAUUGGGCCAGACCUUGUUUCAAUCGCAGUCGACCUCUGCAUCAAUGUUCUCGCCUUGGAACGAGAAAUCGAGAAGGGCAUCAUCCGGCGUGCAGCCAUCUUGGUUAUUCUGGGAUUCGUCAAGGCCCUCGAUUCUGCGAAACAAUCCGGUCGGAAGCUCGGUUUCGGAUUGACUGAUCAGAGCCGGGAGGAUAUCACAAGGACUCUGAAAUACGUCGCAGUAACGGAUAAUGAUGGUCUAGUACAGCAGCACGCGCGAGAUGUUAUCGAGAGCUUGGAAAAUUGGCAAUUGUCUUCAAUGGUUGCGUCGGGAUACCAUACCGCAGAGCCGAGCAUUGGGCGACUGGCAGGCUUGACCAUCGACCAAGACCGAUCACUGCCUUCUGUCAGUACGAAGCGUCCUAGAAUAGAAGAAAUCGAGUAG